AUGAACGCCUUCUCUUGUUUUUCCUCUGCAGAUGAGUUCAAGUCCUUCUUUCAGCGGCUUCCUCAAACACACUUUCUGAACACGUCGUCUCUGCAGCAGCUGUGGUCCUCGGACGCUCAGUUCCAGGGUCGGUACGAGCAGCUCCAGAACAACAUGAGGCUUCUGUCACGGCGCGCUCAUAGAGUUAUCUACAAACUGUUCGGCCUGAGCAAGAGAUGCCACCGACAGCCCAAAGUGCACCUGCCCCGCCAACGGCCUCAGUCGUACUGGUUGAGUCACCUGCAGUCGCUGCUCUAUUGCUCGGAGAAUAACCAGCUGGGCACCUUCUCAGAGGAGCUCCACGCCUGCAGCUGUAAGGCGGACCACUUGCCCUGUCAGCUUCCCGCCCCCUGUGAUGUGGGGGAGGGUUCGGCCUGUGCCUCCUGUGCCUCAGACAACCACACCCGCUGUGGGACGUGUAACCUGGGCUUUGUGCUCACGCCCGGAGGCUGCAGACCUAUGGUGGUGGACUCCACUGAGAACUAUCUGGGCUUUGAGACCGACCUGCAGGACCUCGAGCUGGGCUACCUGCUGCAGAGGGCUGACCGCAGACUGGAGGUAAAUCUCUGUUAG